AUGAAGAAUAAGAGGACAGCAAAGCUACAAUGGCGCGCGAAGCGCAUGCGGAACGGACACGGAUCAAAAGACGUGUGGCAGAUCUUUGUGAAAACCCUCACCGGCAAGACGAUCACCCUGGAGGUGGAAAGCUCAGACACCAUAGACAAUGUGAAAGCAAAAAUCCAGGACAAAGAGGGCAUCCCACCAGACCAGCAAAGGCUCAUCUUUGCCGGAAAGCAACUCGAAGACGGCCGAACCCUAGCGGACUAUAACAUCCAAAAGGAGUCGACCCUUCACUUGGUCCUCCGCCUGAGAGGGGUUAUGCAAAUAUUCGUGAAGGGAAAAACCAUCACUUUGGAAGUGGAGAGCGCUCGGACACUGUAGACAAUGUCAAAGCCAAGAUUCAAGAUAAGGAGGGCAUUCCUCCUGAUCAGCAGAGAUUGAUCUUUGCUGGGAAGCAGUUGGAAGAUGGGAGGACCUUGGCUGACUAUAAUAUUCGUCUCCGUGGUGGU